UGCGGAUAUAAAAACCACACCAAGGACAAGUGCCGUUAUAUUAAUUACUCGUGUAAAAAGUGCAAUACUAAAGGACAUCUAAGUAGGAUGUGUAAAACGAGUGAUAAAAAGUUUAAUUUCAUUGCUGAGGAAACCGAUGACAUACAUGAAGAUCUCACAAUGUAAACAAUACGGCGGGCAGAGAAAAUGUAAUUUUAAACGAGGUGAUAAUGUUUUAGUAAAAUCAUUUUUUAAGAAUGGUACAAAGCAUACAUGGAAAAGAGGUACUAUUGAAAAUAAAGUGGGAUCCAGAAUGUUUAUCGUAAAAAUAACGGACUUGAAUAUAAAAGUAAAGAAACACGUCGAUCAAUUGUUACAUUACAAAGGCUGUGACGACACCGACGAGUCUGAUUGCGAAGGCGGCGUGCCGACAUUACAACACGAUGACGACUCCCAAGACGACAACGUCGAGGAGGUGCAAACCGAUGUACCUCUGCCUGAAGAGCAAGAAGCUGUCGAGCUGGCGGAGGGCGGCGUGCCGAAUUCCCACGACACGUCACCGGACACGUCUUUCGAGAGUGUCGCUUCAUCUGUCAGCUCUCCGCAGAGAGACAGACAACCAUUAGAAGAGGACACAGAUAUAAUAAUGUCGUCAGAUAGUCCGUUGGAGGUUAUGGAGGCGGACGACCACGGUGUUGAGCCUGACGCUCCAACUGAAGGUCAUGGCCUUGACGACCUUGACACUAGGCGGCAACGGCCGAUAAGAAGUACUAGGAACAAGGACGUUAAUUAUAAAAUUUAAUGGGCCUCUAAAUU